AUGGGGUCUGAGGGACCUUCGACUGUGACAGUUCACAUCACUGGCUUCAAGAAGUUCCAUGGAGUGGCUGAGAACCCCACUGAGAUCAUCGUCAGUAACUUGAAAGAGUACGUGGAGAAGAAAGGGUUGCCCAAGGGCCUCGUCCUCGGGAGCUGCACUGUUCUAGAGACCGCAGGGCAGGGGGCCCUCACUAAGCUUCAUCAGGUACUGGAGUCGGCGGUGGCAGGGAGGGAUGCUGGAGCUUCAAACACCGGACAGAUUAUAUGGGUUAGUUGUCUCCCCCCUUCCUGCACUCCUCCCAUUGAUGAUUAUUCGUCCAUGGUCCUUUCCUUUCCCAUGGAGCUCUUGUAAAAAGUUACUUAUAAUUUUCUUCUCUGGUUCUUGUGUGUUCUCUUCACUCUAAGGUUUCGUGAUGAUUAUCCGUGUAGAUUUGAAUGGAAAAAGCUAUUCACUUGGUAGGUAGUUGUCAGUAUUAUGCUGUGGAUAUCAGCUUGUCUGUGAGCACCUGAAUCUAAGAUGCUGAAGCUUUCCAUGGCUGUCUAGAACUCAGAUGAAAUAAGCUCAGAGUGUGCUCUUUCCAGUGUAAUCUGACGAAAUAUGUACAUGAAUCUCCCUUAUUCUUCUCGAUCUCCGCGGGCACCGUGUGAUCAUCCAUUUUUCAUGGCGGAUUUUUCUUUCAUCCUGUUGAAAUUGGGAGACCAGGUUGGGCUUGUUGCUUAAUCCCUAGGCGCCACAGAAUUCCGGAGAGAUUAGGGGCGCCAGUGGACUACAUUGUCCUUUGCGCCCAUGGUUUGCAUUUCUCCUUGCUCCUCUCAUUCUUUUUUAUGACGAAUCAGUUUGUGGGUACUACAUCUUAUUUCUUAGAACAAGAACAGGUUCAUGGUUUUAUUUAAGCUUUGUAAUUGCUUUAAUCUGCUUGAAUGGUUGCUCUUCAGCUCCAUUUUGGGGUCAACAGUGGUGCGACGAGGUUUGCCAUUGAAAGUCAAGCGGUUAAUGAAGCCACCUUCCGCUGCCCAGACGAGCUUGGAUGGAAGCCUCAGGUAGAGUAGAGUCAACGCGCGCCCUGUGGCUGCCCAAAUCUCCAGAUAAUUCGAGGCUGUUGACUUUGGUUACCUUGGUGUUUCAUCUCAGAGGGUCCCCAUUAUCCCAGCUGAUGGAGGCAUUUCUCGAACACGAGAGGUGAGAUGACUUAUUGUGGAUGUUUCUGGCGCUGGCUCAAAUCAGCGAGAGAAUAAAAACUGGCUGUGGUCUCCAUAAAUAACUUCAAUCCAUGAACUAUUUUAGGUGCUUCAAACCAUUCUGUUACUCUGGAAUUUUAUCUCCGUUUUCUCAUGACUUAAGUUGAGUUAUGGAUGAAAAUAGCAUAUUUUCAUCUGUUUCAAUGAGCUAUUUUCUGCAUUUAGGAUGCACAUUUCUGUAGAAUAUAACUAUUGAUUUUCCAAUGUUUAAUCUUAGAUUAAUCUAUGGUUUGGGCUUAAUUUCAGGAUAAUCAGUGACCUCUAGAACUGUCCUGUAUCUCUAAACUACUGAAUAUUUGCUAGUUUUUCUGUUCAACACAUAAUGAACAGGUUUGAGUGAUUGAUCUUUCACAUUAUAAAUGAACUAUUUCUGACUAAACUUAUUAGCCAGACCUUUUAUCCUCCCAGGAUAUUUUUAAUUUUUUAAUUUUUGAUGGGGUCUAAUCGAGAUCAUACAUCUCAAAGUAAAAUAAAAAAGAAGAAUAUUAAGCUUGGUAACGUGAAUUUCAAAUAAUACAAUAAAUAUUCUUAAUUUCAUUUCUCUAAAAUCACUGAUUGAAUCAGAUUCGGUUUUUGUUGCCCAUCCCAUCAAACCAUAGCUUGAAUGAACUUUAUCUCACAUAAUCUGUGGAUUUGUGCAUUUGAUCAAUAGGAGAGGAUGAUCAUUGAUUGUAAAUUAUUAUUUUUUGCCCGGUUUUCAUAGUUUCUGAAGGCAUAAACUGUCUCAGGAGCUUCUUCUGCACGAGCUCCUUGCGAUCGUCGACAGGGUUUUUGUGCAAAAAAUUUCAGCAUCUUAUCGUUCUUGGCUCGUCUGCAGACCUCGCUGCCUGUGAACGAGAUAAACGAGGCGCUGGUGAAGAGGGGGUUCGACGUCCUGCCCUCCGACGACGCGGGAAGGUUCGUCUGCAACUACGUCUACUACCACUCGCUCUGGUUCGCCGAGCUCCACAAGAUCAGGUCCCUCUUCGUCCACGUUCCGCUGUUCCUGACGAUCGACGAAGACACGCAGAUGGAGUUCGCCGCCGUGCUCCUGGAGGAGCUCGCCGCCGCCGUGGGCCCAGCGGCGCCGCCGAGUUGA